AAGACAUUUGCCGUAAGAAAUUGGUCAAAAAAUAAAAUUUGUAUGACCAGUUGUAACUGUACAUAAGACAGCGGGCAGCGUGGCUUAUUACUGAAGUGAUUGAUUAGAAGUUGAAAAACAAAUAAUUUGAAUGAAAACAGGGGAUUUAAUUAUGCAUUUUACUGCUUUAGUGUGGUUACUUAUCUCAAUCCCUGCCACUGUAAAGUCCACUCAGCCCCCUAUUGCUACUACUACUGCCGGCACACUGUAUUCUACUAUUGAAAACUGGACAGGUAAUAUUGAUGAGUAUGUACCACCCCCAGUGCCUCCAAGUGAAGUAAACUGCCAUGUUGAAGUUCAAACAACACGUCUGCACGGAGGUCGUUGUGUUAAUUUUGGUACAUCCGGCAUCUCAAAUAGAGCUGUGCUUAGCUGCCAGGCUGGUGCUUACUUUGAGAUCAACAACAAAGAAUGCGAGGCACUUCAAAUUGCGAGAGAGCUACAACAAGCUAGGGAGCUAGCCAGGCGACGUAGAAUCAACUCUAGGACAUCUAGACACAACACAGGCGCCACGACACUAUAAGAAUCAACUUUAUGCAUCUAGACACAAACAGACGCCAUUGCACUAUAAAAAUCAACUCUAGGACAUCUAGACACAACACAGACGCAAUGACACUAUAAGAAUCAACUCUAGGACAUCUAGACACAACACAGACGCAAUGAAUUUAUAAGAGUCAACUUUAGGACAUCUAGACACAACACAGACGCAAUGACACUAUAAGAAUCAACUCUAGGACAUCUAGACACAACACAGACACCAUGACAAUAUAAGAGUCAACUCUAGGACAUCUAGACACAAAACAGACGCCAUGACACCAUAAGAGUCAACUCUAGGACAUCUAGACACAACACAGACGCCAUGACACUAUAAGAGUCAACUUUAGGACAUCUAGACACAAAACAGACGCCAUGACACUAUAAGAGUCAACUCUAGGACAUCUAGACACAACACAGACGCCAUGACACUAUAAGAAUCAACUCUAGGACAUCUAGACACAACACAGGCACCAAGAGAUAGCGUUCCCAGUGGAACUUGAUGUAUAAAUAUUUAUAUAGAAUGUGUAGAGCCUUAUGCCAAUAUAUAUAUAUUUUUUGCAAGCGUUCAAAAGCGAACAGAAGAGCAUUCAAUUAAAAAAAAAUUUGAACAUAAACUGUAAAUAAAUUAAUGUGUAUAUUGUUAACAUUAA